AUGGGAAUAUGCUCCUCGAACGAACGGAGAAUGGGAAGAAAUUAAUCGCGAGGGGGGUGGGGGGCGGGGAGCGUGCGCUAAAUUCCCCCCUUCCUUCCUCUCCUCGACUCCCUCCUCUCACCGCUUCUCUCCGUCUCGUUUUCUGUUCCGUUUCCUGGAAGGGGAAGGGAGCGAGCCAAGACCCCUUCUGUCGUCUCUUGGGGCGGAGAGAGCCCCAAAAGAAGAGAGAGGUCAGCCGCCCCCCGUCUUGUAGGAAAAACCACCAAAUAGUAAUAAAACCCCCCACCGAAAAACGUUGAGAAAGUUUUGUACAGUCUUAUAUAAUUCUAUAUUCUUCUCACCAUUGGCUGCUUCCUCCCCCUAUCUAUCCCUCCUUCCCCCGGGGAAAAAGUCCGGCGAGGAAGGGAGGAGGGGCGAGGGCGAUGGAUGCGGAAGAUUUGAGAAGAGUGAUGAGGAGCAUGGGCGUAGAUCUGUGGACGCUGAUCGAGACCGCGCUCGACGUCGCCGCCACGGACUAUGGCAAGGAGCUCCGGGCGCGGCGAGACGGAAUCGUCGAGCGGCUUUACGCGGCGGGGCUGGUGGCGGCGGAUGGGUGCCGGAACUGCGCUCCCGGCGCCGCGGCGGAGCGGUUGGCGGCCGUCGGCCUGCCGACGGGGGGAGUGGAGGGGAAGGGGAGUAGUAGCCCCGCGGCCGGGAAGGGGGCGACGGCGGCGUCGCCUCUGUCGAUGAACGGAGAUGAGAAAGGAGAAGAGCGAGAAGGAGAAGACGAUGACCAUCCGAUCGACGACAAGACCAAAAUCUUGGCCAUUAAAGAGUUCCUGGAAGACCCCGAUCAGACGGAGGAUUCUUUGGUAAGCCUGCUGCAAAAUCUUGCAGACAUGGAGAUUACAUUCCAGAAUCUCAAGGAAACAGAUAUAGGAAGGCAUGUAAACGGCUUUCGCAAGCAUCCGUCGCCAGAAGUACGGCAAUUGGUUAAGCUGCUCGUGAGGAGGUGGAAGCAUAUCGUGGACGAGUGGGUGAAAUCGAGUUCCGCCGGCGACACUGCAUCUCCUGCGAAUAUCACUGACGGAGAUUCGCCGCAGCAAAUCCCUGUGAAAAACAGCAACCAAAAUGGGCACCACCAGGCUUCAGAAUUCGGUUACUCACCAUAUCCUCCAAAAGGUUACGUGAGCUCUGAGAGAAAUGGCGGGGAAUCAGUGGAGCCGAAACCAAAGGCCGCCCCGCGAAAGGAAGUUCCAGCUAAGCCAAACCGCUACUCCCCGCCUUCGGCAGCCUCUCCUCCAGCUAACGCCAACGAGCAAAGGCACAGCCUGCUCGAUCCCGAGAGACUCGCUUCCGCGAGAAGACGGCUCCAUGAGAACUACCAAGAAGCCCAAAACGCAAAAAAGCAGCGGACCAUUCAGGUGAUGGAUAUCCAUGAGAUCCCGAAACCAAAAAAUUCCUUCGUGCGGAACAAAGGCAGCGGCUUCCAGGCGAAGCACUGGUGAAGUCCGGUGACCGGCCGGUGCCUGUAAUACCUUGGUUAUGAUGCUUUGCUGAUGAUGGAUUUUUUUUGGAUUGGGGGGAUUACGAGUUCUCUUUGUCUAAUUACUUAAACUAACUGAAGAUUUUGGAGAGAGAUGGGAGAAUAAUAAAAGGAGUAUUUAUUAGAAAAUUAA